AUGGCAACGUGGAUGUCUGACGAGGGCCUUGGGGCCAGAGAGUCAAUCUCGGAAGCCCAUAUUUUGGUCACCGAGCUCUAUAACCCAGCGAACCAACGGGACCCCGCGAGAAUUAAUGAGAUCCAGACGCGCCUCCAGCAACUUCAGAAGACCGAGAAUGCAUGGGCAAUUGCUGAUUCACUUUUGCAAAAUGAACACUCUGCCCAGCAUCGUUUCAUGGGGGCCCUUACAUUCACAGUGAGGAUCAAUGUCUCAUGGAAUGAAAUCAACCAAAACUCGGCCACAGAGAUUAUGCAGCACCUGAUCAAUCGCUUUGUUGCUUUGGUAACCAAUGGUGAACAAGCAAUGGUUGUGAGAAAGCUUGCCUCAAGUUUGGUUGCCAUUUUCAGGCACCCUGUCACACCAUGGAAACAAGCUGUUUGGCAGCUGGCUGCAAGCCUCGUCCACGGAGGAUACGUAUCCGAAGAAGAAUCACGAGCGGUGGAUUUCCAGGAGCGGAUACUGCCAGCGUUGAGCAAGAGUGGAUCGGGUGCACUUCUGUUUUUCUCAAUUGCACUUGCUGAGGAAGCUCUCCGGCUGGACUCUGAACCCCAGGGUGGGACUGGAGACACCUCCGCUAUCCAGCGAGCCAUACACAACAUUAAGGAUGGUUUGCUCCUGGUUCAAUUUGUCCUUGGGGGGAUCAUACAGCAUGCAAAGGCAGCUGGGGAUGAUGCCGUUGAUGUGGCACUAGCCUCUGAAGCCAUGAAUUCAUGGAAGACAUGGUUAGGUGUUCAUGGGAAUCGCCAACGCUCUUCUGCUGAAGAUGUCAAUGUCUUGGCGGUGCAAUGCGGCCAGACCGUCAUUGACACAUUGAGGGUACCCAGCUUGAGUGAAAGUGCAGCUUCUAUUUUGACCCAAGCCUUUGAAAGCCGCCGCUGGGCAUUUGACGACAACUCAUUGUGGCUUAUCUCUGAAAUUCUUGCCGAUUCAAUCGUAACAGUCCACAUUGCUGCCGUGAGGGGUGGCGAUGAAGGAGCAGAGAGCAUGUCGUUUGUUGACCUCUUGAUUGCAUAUGUCUCGCAUUUGCACUUAGAUAUCUUCAGCGACCCCGUGACCCCACAAAAUGCAGCGAUUCUCACGCUGAUCCACGGGAUUUUCAAAACCCCUGGCUAUGCCUCUAUUGACGAUCUCGGAACCCCACGUGUUUUGGAGUUCUGGAACGACAUCGCAGAGAGUCUCCCUGAUCAACUCGAAGAAGGCAGCUCUAGGUAUGACUUGGUAAAGUCACAUCUAGCGGAAGUUGUCUUAGGUCUUUCCAGCAAACUACUAUAUCCCACGUCCGAAGACUUGGAAGAUUGGGGCGAGGAAGAGCGGAGUGAAUUCGGCGCCUUCCGUCAUGAGGCCUGUGAUUACUUACUUUCAGCAUACCCCGUCCUCGGUGUCGAUUUGGUCACUGUCUUCCAGAGAAGCGCCACCUCCUGCCUGGAAAGUCGGGACUGGCGCAAUUUCGAGACUGCCAUGUUCUGCAUAGCUCAGCUCUCAGAAGCAGUGGAUGAGAAUGGUCACGCCGACCAGUGUCUCGACGCCAUCUUUGGCAGCGAUGCUUUUGCCAGGCUCUGCGCAGGCGGGGAGACUGAAAUACCACUCAAGGCUCGUCAGACCCUGGUGGAUUCAUUCGGAAAGUACGAAUCAUACUUUGAGCGUCACAGUUCAUUACUUCCGGGUGUUCUGAACAUUCUGUUCGAAUCCCUCAACUUCGAGUUGUGUGCGCACGCGGCUUCGAGGUCUAUAUUGACUCUUUCAAAGUCGUGUGCUCGCGUCUUGACGUCAGAUCUUCCUGCAUUCUUAGAUCAACUGGACCAGUUCAGAAGCAAGCCGACGGCAACUGUCUCCACCAUGCCUAAGGUCCUAGAAGGAAUUGCGACCAUCAUCCAGAGCUUGCCUAGUGACCAGGAAAAGGUACAAACGCUAGAGAGAAUUCUCGGCUUCUUCGUUCAGGAAGCUACGACAGCACGGGAAGAGGUUACCGGUCCUGCUCAUGAAUUUGGCCGUCUACGUGGACACCUUGUGCUGAGCUGCAUUGCGAGCAUCGGAAAAGGCCUUCGUUCAGAGAGCGAAGUCAUCGAUAUCGAGCUUACAAAGGAAGGAAACCCAUAUCCUCCGUCCUUCUGGAACUCCGGACCAGGCGCCGAAGCCCAGCGCUUGAUCAUGGAGGCCAUGAGACUUUUGAUUGUCGACUUCCCCGUGGACAGUAGCAUAAUUGAAGCAGCCUGCGACAUUUUGAAAGCUGGCUACACUGAGCGGGCAGGACUUUUUGUCUUCCCGCCCUCUAUGACAGUGGACUUUAUCAAGAGCUUUCCCCUCGGUAUCUCCGGGACAGAUGUUAUCAUGGCAACCGCCUCGUCAUUUUUGGCAUCUCACGCUCGGCAUGCGAUGAAUAUUCGCACUGAGGCCGAGGCGCUCAUCGACCAUGUAGCCCAGCUCUUCUCUUCGAUGCUCCAGAAUCCGGAUGUGUACGACCCAGAGACUGCUAAUGCCGGGAUUGAUUUCCUCACACGUCUUUUGCCAAAGUACUACCCGAUAUUGUUUACACCCAUGAAGUCAAACCUGAGCGCAGAGUCUCCUCUUGCUGUGCUUCUUCACUUCACACUUCACACAUUGACACGACCUGAACCACUUCCUCUUAAAUCCGCUUCUGCAUUCUGGGUUGCAUUAAUAGAUCUCCGUGGCAGCUCUCCAGAAGAAAUGAACAUACUUGAAUCAGUGUAUCAAGAGUUUAUUCCCCGCUUGUGUUACACAAUCAUCCAACAGAUUGCAGGCCGAUGCGCAAGAUCAGAUUUAAUCUCUCUGAACGAUGCUCUGCGACGCACUGUUUUCAAGAAGAUGGCAUUGGCGCGCCCCGCUCUGAAGGCUGCACUCGACUCUUUGAACGCCCAGGUGACAGAUGCAACUGGACAACAAGUGCCGCUCUUAUCGGCGCAAGACAAGUCGCGGUUCUUGGAGUCCCUCGCUGUUGCUAGAGGUGGUCAGAAACCGUCCCUUGAUCUGGUGCGUUCCUUCUGGUUGAAAUGCCGUGGAAUGAAUUUCGAUUACGCCCAAUAA